GCCCGAGUAAGCCCCCAUAGCGCACACAACACUGUCUCGCAAAAUCUGAGGGAUAUCCAGAGAAGAGAGUGCAGACAUAGUUGCACGUGGUAUAAUGUGUCCCCAAGCCAAAGGUGACACGGGCACGGAAGGCGGUUCCAAUAUCGCGUCAGAGCCGCAGCGCUUAAAUCCCCUGGGGAGUUCUGAACACGCCCCUUCUCGCCCACAGAUAGAGAGCCUUGGUAUCCCAGCAAGUCGUACCUCGAACGAUCAAUCUGCCAAUCUCGGUGGCUCCGCGAGCCUUACCCCCGGCAGUGAACCCGCUCCGCCGUCAUCCCCAACUCGCAAAGGACGAGAUCGUGCUGGCGAUGCUAAAAGGGCAAACGGCCGUAGUCGGUCGCGUGCCAGUGGCAGCCGUGGCCCGCGAGAUGCGCAUGGUUCUCGAAUUUGUCGGAAAUGCAAUGAACCGUUGACUGGUCAAUUCGUUCGCGCACUUGGAUCCACGUUUCACCUGGAGUGUUUUAAAUGUCGAGACUGUGGCCAGAUUGUGGCUUCGAAAUUCUUUCCGGUAGACGAAGAGGACGGAUCUGGCCAAUACCCGCUUUGUGAGACCGACUAUUUCCGUCGGCUUGACCUGUUGUGCUUUGAGUGCGGAGGGGCUCUUCGUGGCUCAUAUAUCACGGCGCUGGAUCGCAAAUACCACAUUGAUCAUUUUACCUGUUCUGUCUGUCCUACCGUAUUCGGUGCCCAAGACAGCUAUUACGAGCAUGAGGGCAAGGUUUACUGCCACUACCACUACUCAACUCGGUUCGCUCAGCGGUGCAAUGGAUGUCAGACGGCCAUCUUGAAACAGUUUGUCGAAAUUUUUCGCAACGGUCAAAACCAGCAUUGGCAUCCAGAAUGUUAUAUGAUUCAUAAAUUCUGGAAUGUUCGUCUGUCUCCAGUUGGCGAGAAUGUUCAACUUCUUACGCACAGUGUUGAUGCUACUAGUGAGGAGCGUGAAAAGGUUCGGCUGGAAGAAGAGCAUAUGGAAGAAAAGGUCUACAGAAUCUGGAGCGUGCUGUCCGCUUUUGAAGAAUCGUCGGCUACUUGCAUAUCGAACAUGUUACUGAAUGUCAGCAAUGGCGCGUAUUUUGAUGGCGUUUUAGUCGCCAAACAAUUCAUCUGGCAUGUGGACAUUCUUUUUGCAUCAAUCGAUAGACUAGAGAAGCUCAUGACUUCUCACGGCAUGAAGGGUCUCUCAUAUUCUCGGGAAGCAAAAUUGCUGUGCAAAAAGAUUGUAGCAUUCUUUUCUUUACUCACUAACACCCAACAUACCGGUGUGAAGAAGCUCGGAGUCACACAGGAACUCCUCUCUCUCGUCACCGGUCUCGCCCACUACCUCAAGCUUUUGAUUCGCAUCAGUCUCCAGGGAGCCCUAAAACUUGAGCGAGAGAAGGGCAAUCAGGAUGGAUUAUGGCACUUUUUGGAGGAACUGGGAGACUUGGAAUCCAUGAAAGAAGCAGAAAUGUCGCUUGAAGCGGCAGCCGGCGUCCAAGGCCUUGCUGGAAAGGAACCCGAUCGGUGUUCUGGCUGCCGAAAGCCGGUUGAAGAUGCUUGUGCCCGCCUGGGAGAAGGAAGAUGGCACAUAAAUUGCCUCAUGUGCAGCGGCUGCGCGCGGGAAUUGGGGAAAAGCCUUGCGGAUGCGCGAUGGGAUCCUCAUGAGCGGCGUGUCUUAUGCUCUACUUGUGCUGAAACGGUCCCUGGAGUAGACAAUGAGUUUCAAGCCGUGUCUCGGCUACAACAGUUUGUGUUUCUACUACGAGUAGCUCUGGCUAGAGUGCUUGUCAUGCUCAAAUCUAUGCACCACACAUCUGACGAUCCUAAUCUGACCGACUACGACUCGAAUGAAGGUCACCGUGUUUCUCCGACCGGACAGCUCGACCCACCGAUGCUCAAAUCUAAUACGCGGUCAAAAUCUUACGGGGCCCCUGUGGAGGAGCAAUCAAACUCGUCUUACGCGCAGACCAUGAGUGACAUCCAACGGUUGCGGUCCACCCGUAUGGAGAAACAAGUUUCUUCUUCCAUCAGAAAGGCACGCACUUCCAAGAUUAUCGAAGCACCAGAGAGUCGAAACAUUCGACCUGGUUCAGCGGGCGCGGAUGGGUCAGACGCGAAGAAUCAUGGCUAUCAAGCCGUCGACGAUCGUGAGGCCAAUGCAAAUAGGACUGCCGAAGUGACGUUUGGAAACCAGGAUUCGCUUACCCUUGAUGACAUUCCGCGAAUUGUAGCAGCAGAGCAAGCAAGGGAACAGCGACCGAAUGCAUAUAAACAUGCCCGCAACCAACUUAUUCAAGCCUCGAGCGUUCAGCAGCCAAAGCUCGUGGGUGGCCACCAACGAGGAGUCUCUGGAGGGAAGGAAUUGGAAAAACUGGCAGAAGAGCCCUCGGCCCAAAGAACAAAGCGGUAUUUCUCGGAGUUAUCCGCUCUGGAAUAUUUUAUUGUCCGACAUGUUGCUGUUCUUUCAAUGGAGCCGCUUUUGGAGGGCUAUUUCAACCUUGAGGAACUUCUUGAAUUGAUUGAAUCACGGAAGCCCACUUUCUGGGGCAAGUUUGGGAAAGCAUUCAAGACCGAGCCUCGGCGAGGGGGCAAGAAAAGAGGCGUUUUUGGUGUGAGCCUGGACGCUCUGAAUGAGAAGGAUGGUGCCGAGUCUACACAUGGAGUUGGACCAGGUACUCUCAAAGUACCAGCACUGCUCGACGAUGCAGUCACAGCCAUGCGGGGAAUGGACAUGUCAGUAGAGGGUGUGUUUCGAAAGAAUGGCAACAUUCGUCGCUUGAAAGACCUCGCCGAUCAGAUUGACAACAAGGGAUGUGAUGCAGUAGACCUCUCCAAGGAGAGUCCAGUGCAAAUCGCUGCCUUGUUGAGGAAAUUCCUCCGUGAACUGCCGGAGCCGCUACUGACAUUUAAGCUACAUCGGUUGUUUGUCACUGCACAACGGAUUGCUGAUGAAGAAAAGCGCCGUAGAGUGCUUCAUCUCACUUGUUGUCUCCUGCCCAAGAGUCACAGAGACGCAAUGGAGAUUCUUUUUGCAUUUUUAAGCUGGACUGCGUCCUUCUCACACGUCGAUGAAGAGUCUGGAAGCAAGAUGGACGUACACAAUCUGGCUACGGUGGUGACGCCCAACAUUCUUUACGCUGACAAUAAGGCUAUUGGCAUGGAUGAUAGUUUCUUGGCGAUCGAAGCUGUUCAUUCGUUGAUUGAAUUUAACGAGUCCAUGUGCGAGGUUCCUGAGGAUCUUCAGUCCAUUCUCAAUGACACUGCUUUGUUUAAUGGCAGUGCAGACAUUACUACUAAGGAAAUCCUAAAGCGGUAUGGCGAUGUUGGUCGUGCUGGUCGUCAAAUCCCUAUCGUGGAAGAAGUUACUCCGCCCCGAUCAAAGGAGGGCCGAACUGCUGCGCCAACAUUUGCCCGUGUCGAUACAGAUCCCUCGCAGGUGCAUGCAUGGCAGAAAGAGAGCUCCGUCAGGCACGUAACGGGACCUGGAAACCAGAACUCCAUGUAUGGGAUGUCGGGCAGCAGCCACACCGCUCUUCCGCAGCACUUUCACGACUUUAGCAGCCAGACAGACAGCCCAGGCCGCCCACGCGCAGGUUCAGAUAGCAGUACUGGUGGCCAUGGAACGCCUAGUAGAAUCAGCCAGUACCGCAAUUCCGGAUGGGGUCGGCCCCCUGCGACAGCGUCGCCUAGCCCUGUUGGCGUCACAGGCGCGGAUUAA